AGGCAGCCCGCGGGGCCAGUGGCAGGAGCGGCGCGCCGCCAGCCGCGGGGGGCGUGGGAUGGGGGAGGCGGCGGAGGGGAGCGCCCGCUGCCACUAGAGCCAACCGCGCACUUCCGAAGGGUGUCGCGGCUGCGCUCCCCUCCCGCGCCCCGGGAACUUCAAAGCGGCCCGCGCUGCGGGCUGCGCUCUGGGACCCCGAAGCCUUGCACCGCCGCGGGGUGGCCAUGACCCCAGCGCGCCGCUCCGCACUGAGCCAGGCCCUCCUGCUGGUGGCACUGGCCUCCGACCUUGCGGCAGGCCUGAAGUGUGUGUGUCUUUUGUGUGAUUCCUCAAACUUUACCUGCCAAACCGAAGGAGCAUGCUGGGCCUCUGUCAUGCUAACCAACGGGAAAGAACAGGUGAUCAAAUCGUGCGUGUCCCUCCCGGAACUAAAUGCUCAGGUCUUCUGUCACAGUUCCAACAACGUGACCAAGACCGAAUGUUGCUUCACAGACUUCUGCAACAACAUCACACUGCACCUUCCCACAGCAUCUCCAGAUGCCCCUAGACUUGGCCCCACAGAGCUGACGGUUGUUAUCACUGUACCUGUUUGCCUCCUGUCCAUCGCAGCCAUGCUAAUGAUAUGGGCCUGCCAGGACCGCCAGUGCACAUACAGGAAGACCAAGAGACAUAAUGUGGAGGAACCAUUGGCAGAGUACAGCCUUGUCAAUGCUGGAAAAACCCUCAAAGAUCUGAUUUAUGAUGCCACUGCCUCGGGCUCAGGAUCUGGCCUGCCUCUUUUGGUUCAAAGAACCAUCGCAAGGACAAUUGUACUUCAAGAAAUCGUAGGGAAAGGUCGGUUUGGGGAAGUGUGGCACGGAAGAUGGUGUGGAGAAGAUGUGGCUGUGAAAAUAUUCUCCUCCAGAGAUGAGAGAUCUUGGUUCCGUGAGGCUGAAAUUUAUCAGACGGUAAUGCUGAGACAUGAGAAUAUUCUCGGUUUCAUCGCGGCCGACAACAAAGAUAAUGGAACUUGGACUCAGCUUUGGCUUGUGUCAGAGUAUCACGAGCAGGGCUCCUUAUAUGACUAUUUGAAUAGAAACAUAGUGACCGUGGCUGGAAUGGUCAAGUUGGCGCUUUCAAUAGCGAGUGGUCUGGCUCACCUACACAUGGAGAUCGUGGGCACUCAAGGUAAGCCUGCUAUUGCUCACCGAGAUAUAAAGUCAAAGAAUAUCUUAGUCAAAAAGUGUGACACUUGUGCCAUAGCUGACUUAGGGCUGGCUGUGAAACAUGAUUCUAUCAUGAACACUAUAGAUAUACCCCAGAAUCCUAAAGUGGGAACCAAGAGGUAUAUGGCUCCCGAAAUGCUUGAUGAUACAAUGAACGUCAACAUCUUUGAGUCCUUCAAGCGAGCUGACAUCUAUUCGGUGGGGCUGGUUUACUGGGAAAUAGCUCGAAGGUGUUCAGUUGGAGGACUUGUUGAAGAGUACCAGUUGCCUUAUUAUGACAUGGUGCCUUCAGAUCCUUCCAUAGAGGAAAUGAGGAAGGUUGUUUGUGAUCAGAAACUCCGACCAAAUCUCCCAAACCAGUGGCAAAGCUGUGAGGCGCUCCGGGUCAUGGGAAGAAUAAUGCGUGAGUGCUGGUAUGCCAACGGAGCAGCUCGCCUGACCGCCCUGCGCGUGAAGAAGACCAUUUCUCAGCUGUGUGUCAAGGAAGACUGUAAGGCCUAAGGCCGCAUACAGGCAACGGGAAAGCCCUCACCGCUCUCUUUCAUGUCUCCUGCUUUGUGUAAAUGUUCUCGUUUCUUUUCUGCUGUGUUUUGUUUUAGUUCUACCUCAAAGAUGAUUCACCACAGUGUUGAAGUGUCCCAAAGGCAGCAUGCAAAGAUAACUCUAAGCAUGGGCAGGUCUUGACUUUCCCAGUUUCCAUGUUGUCCGUACUUUUAUUUUUAAAGGUGACACUAUUCAUUUUUCUUUUUAUUUAAGGAGGAAGAUGUUAUAAGAUACAUACAAUGGU